GACGACGACUUUGGCAUCAACCAGAUAAGGUUCUCACUUUUGCUCCACAGAUCUGACCAUGGCGGAUAACCGAAACCUGGCGCCCUCGUGGAUCACCAAAGCCGGCUUCGGAGUGCUCACGUUCAACUCCGCGCUCGCCAUCUACCGCGCCAGGGGGGACGCCGCCUCCGUGCUAUUCGUCGCCGGCUCGUACAUCGCCCUGCUGCUCCUCUUCGGCUGCCUCCGCGAGUACGAGCACGCGGCGCCCGGGUCCCCCGCGAGGGAGCGGGCGAGGCGCGCGGUGUGGCCGCUCACCACGCUGCUCACCCUGUCCUUCGCAUGGAAGGUGGCGGCAGUCAUGCCCUCGGCUGUUGCCGGCGCCGUCGUCUGGGGCUUAGCCGUAGCCACCACAGUCGGUGGCUUCUUUGCUCUGUUCGUCCACGGAUGAAGCCAUGGAUGCUGGAUCAGAUGCAGGCGAGCCUGAGUGUAUUAUCUGUACACAUGUGUGUGUAUCAUGUAUUCAUGUACAUAGAACCUAUGGCCUGCUCGUACUGUAGUUUGCAACUAAUGUGUGUAGCCUUUUUGUAAAUCGCAUCAGUAAUGAACCACCAAACUUAUCUA